UCUACUUGAGCAUUCUAGUAAAGCAAAAUGUCACUGAAGCGUAAAAGAAGUGUAUCUCAAGAGUCAUCGAACAAGACGGUGGUAUCAAAGAGCAAAAGAAAGGAGCUAGCCGAAGAAGUGGAGAAAUGGAUGAACUUGAGGGUUUUGCCGCCAAAUGUGAUGCGCACUCUUGUUGAGAAUAUGUCUGUAGAGGAGCACGCCACGUUCAGAGGAGUUUGCAAGUAUGCUCAUGAUGAAGUCGAAUCCUACUGGAGAACUCAGAAAAGUUUCUCAAUCGCCAAACUGAUGAUUUGGUUCCCGUCGCUCGCCGUUUCCGAAUGGAAACUCACUUCUUUGCCAGGAAUACUCGACGAAAUGACAGCUGCGUUUAAUUUGUUCAAACCGGGAAACUUGCGCAAAUUGAGUUUGCGCCGCGUGGUCAGUGUCAAUAUCAAAUCAUUGAUUAAGUGCAUUGAAAUGGCCACUGGACAACCUGCAUCGACAUUUCUGCAAAAUGUGGUCGAGCUGGAUCUUCGUGGAUGCAUAAUACCGCCGGAUCAUAUCAAAAUGAUCGAUGAGAUUUUUCCGAAUUUGCAGACAAUUAUUCUCAGCCCGAAUGCAAUUGUACCAAAAAGAAACUCAAAACUCAUCAUCAAUACCAAAAUGGAAAUCACUCACCAUAUCAAUAUUUUAUCAAAUGCAAAGAAAUCGGUAGUCAAGUGUGCAUCGAAAGCUGAUAUGCAUACUGUGGCCUUCAUCAAAGAACACAUUCCAGACAUUCGCCACAUUUUCAUUGAAACUGGCUAUUGAGAUUUGUAAAUUGAAUGUAAAUAAAUGCUUACUCAUUCUGAAA